GCCAUCUCUAACAGUGGAUUAGUGAAAUUUUGCGAUCGGCUCUAAUUGUGUGUUUUUCUUUUGUUAAUUGUGAUAGUUUCGACGCGUGCGAUAGAAUCUUAUUGUGUAAUUUCGGUUAAGUGCAAUUGAAAGGCUCGGGAUAAAGUUAGGGUAUCGCGAUCGUAUCAAUGGAGCAUCUUCAUCUGACAAUUCGCGCGACUCGAAUGUGAAGGUGCGAUUGCUCGCUUUACUGCAAUAUUCGCCUUAUUUUACCGACUCUACAAGCUGCAAGCACCAAGCUCCGACUCCAACUAUCCACUUGACUUGUUAACAAUUCGUGUAAAGUUGCCGCUCAUUAAAAACUCAUAAAUCAGGAGCGGCAGGGAGGGAGGAGGAGGAGGAGGAGAAGGUAAUUGCCGUUGCCGGCCCAGUGUCAAAAUAAAAGGAAAAUAAAGGAGCCUUCUGCUUGGGCCGCUCAACGGAAAUGAUCGACCACCAGGUGGAGGAAUGGAAUACACAGCUAUUCGACACUGGUUUCCGCAUAUUGGUUGUGUUCAGGGGCCUGCCUUUGAUUAAUGAUAAAUGUGCCCGGUGCAUCCGCCGCUAUGACAUUUAUCCCAGCGCCGACGCCGACGCCGCUGCUGCUUUAGCCUGAGAACCCGCUAAAGAAGUCGAAUGCCAAAGUCGCCAGUUAAAGCCAUUAAACCCCGCGAUGGAGCGAGCUGCUUGGGCGCACAAUUUAAAGCAGAAACUAACGCAGUUAGACAACAAAACCACUUUCAAGAGCCUAACUCUGGCUCUGGCUCUGCCUGGCAAACAGGGAAAACGGCUUUCAACUCGUUUCGCUGGCCGCUCUGUGGCAGUUGCAUGCACUUGAAGAUAAAAUGUGAUUUUAAUGAGUGUUGAUGUUGUUUGCUGCCGUGGGUGCAGCCGUUGCAUGUUGCAUGCUGCCUGCUGCCAGUACGUUCAACUUUUCCAGUUAACAGUUAGAUUUUGAAAUAGCCAGCAGCAUUGGCUCUGUCUCUAGCUCUGGCUAUGGCAUACCAGUUUUUCCUGGCCACGGCCUGAGAACCCGGCGAUCAAGAUGCGCAGCUUUGGCUAACCGACGGAAGGAAAUUGCAGUCCGUUGCCGUUGCGCACAUCAAAUAAAUACUGGUACUUGGCAAUUUUUGUGUUAAAACAAAAUUAAAGCAAUGCUGUGGUGCUGUGGUGCUGCGGUGCGGUGUAACAUUAACCCAAAUACAUAAUUCUUUGGACGGACAAGGAUCGGCGCAUUAAUCAUUGGCAAAAACAAACCCGAAGAAGGGGACACAGCGGCAUAUUUGGGUUUAUGGGUAUUUAAGUUUCUAUCUUAAAUGUAUCCUGGUUAAGAAAGAAGAAAUAGAAGAGAUUAAACCAGGAUUUUUCUGGAGAAUAGUACACAUUUCCUUGGCAAGUGAUGCUUCCUAGGCCUAGGAGCCAGGAUUUUGGCAUCUGGAAACCAAGGAAAAACUGGCAGGGGGGGGCAGUGGAAAACGACUUGUUAAGCCGCCAGCGGAUUGGAGGCAUUUUUCAAUAUACAAAUACAUGGCAGCCAGAGUCUCGUCGAUUCGACAAACUCUUGCACAAAUUGAAUAUUAAGCCGGAUCGAGGAUCGCAACUGCUGACUUGCUGGCCAUUUUCUCGAUGCUGCCGCCGAUAACAACGAUCGCGAUAAGGGCCCCCAGAAGGCGCUUCCUGUGAGCCGCUGGAGAUGCUGCCCGCUGUGGCGUUUGUUUUUGCCACACGCAAUCAAUGCUGGACUCAUCCCGGGAUCACCUCCAUCCUCCACCGAGGCUUCAGCACUUUGAUCAUCAUUUCGACUAAUCGGGCCCGCUGUGCAGAUCCAACAGAUGCCCCGCGAUCCAGAUCCAGAUGCAGAUGCAGAUGCAGAUACAAGUACGUGUACGAGAGCAUGCAUUUCUCUUCUGAAUAUGUACAUGCCAAGAAAUGGGGAUGCUGGGCACAGUCCAUGUGAUGUGAUUGGAAUCCAGCGACGCUUGUCGCGAUUUGCAGAUACUCUCUGACCUCUGACCUCAGCUUACCGAUGAGCCAUGUCCUCCGAUUGAAUGUGGCAAGGACAAAAACCACAGCAGCAGCAGCAGCAACAACAGCAAGAGCAACAUCAACUGCAACAUCAGCAGCAGCAGCAGCAACGGCAACCGCAACAGAGGCAACAUGUUGACGACCCACCAUUUGCACCACCUGCACCACCAUCGCGGCAGCACGGCUGUGGAGCUGGACAAGAUCACCAAUCUGAAUACACUCAUCAUGGAGAUCAACAGCCACGUGGCGCUCUUCCGCGAUAUGCUGAUACACGUGGGCCAGGCCAAGGAUUGCCCCGAGCUGCGCGAGAAGAUCCGCAAGCUGCGACGCACCUGCGUGGAGGCAUUCAAGCACACCGCCCAAAUACUAAUGCCCCAGGUCAAGAGCGCCAUGGCCGAUGGCAUCCUCACCGACAACCCGCACUUGGUGCUCCUGUUCUACAUGGCCCAGUUGUUCCUACGUGAACUUGUGAAAAGUUAUCGCCUCAUACAAGUCGUGCCAAUGGAUAUGUCCGGCUAUUAUGAGAACCGCGCUGGACCCUCAAAUCUGGGCAAUGUCAUCAGCCAGAUUUUGUUGUGCAAACAAUUUACGCCCGACUUUAACGAGGAGGAAUUAUGCAGCAUCACCAAAGACUCGCAGGAUAUCGCCGUGCUCCUUUCCGAGAUGCAGGAGUAUAUGCCGCAGCACGAGGCGUACUUGGAACGCAAUGCGGCAUUGGACACAACCGGACCUUGGCAGGCCAAACGUCGCCAGAACUACAUAUGCAAGAACAUGAGCCUGCUCUGCUGCGUCUCCAGGCCCAACUAUCUCUGAGAGCAGGCGGACAGUGUUUAGUCCGAGACGAACUAAGCCCACUACUUAUAUCAAUUACUAGCGCCUAAUGAGAAGUUACGAAGGAAAUCCAGAGUUCUUAGCCAAGAAGGAGGAGGAACACUCAAUUAGCAUGGUGACAUAAUCAAAGGUCAAAGGAUGCCAGGAAUGCAAGGUUCUUCUUCUCCCAGAGACAUGUGUAUAAUCAAAGUUAAUUAUGCUGCAUAUACAAUAUUAAUGUAAAGUCAAUGGAUAUAUACUAUAUACUAUAUAUAUAUAUACACCGAUAUAGAGGAAGUUCACGGAGCAGUUAAGACUUUUUAGGCCAGUAAAUAUCGUAGUCAACUGUAUAGACCCCAGCAAAACUACCCAAACAUAACAUAACAUACAUACAUUCAUCCCGAGGUUAUCUCAGCAUGAUCCUAACCCUUGAGUUAACAUUAAGAUUAGGCAGGAAAGGAGCGGGCAAGCGGAGGCAGUUAGUUGUAGUCCAAGUAGCCUUCGUAAUUAAGUUGAAAGCCUGAGUGCCCAGGCAAGUGUUAAAUGAAAGCAAUAACAAACAAGUUGUUAACUCAUACUCUCACAGACAGAAACAUAUAUAUUUAACAUACAAAUAUUUAACCAAAUAGUAUCGUAAUUGAUGAGUGUCUCUAGGUUUCCGUUUUCCGUUUCAUUUCACGGUUUUCAAAGUGAACUCUGCACAGUACCUAAAAUGCCAGAACAAAACGAGCAACAUGUGACCAAUAAUAAAUACAAAUAAAACUAAACCUGAAUCUGUUUAAAAAACGAGGUUUAACAAACUCAAUAUCCCGUUUACAGAAGAGAAAUAAUUAUAAGUUUAGAUGAAUCUUAUUUAAUAUUCAAUUACCUUGGUUUAGCACAACAGAGUAGAUUUUGUCGGAAAUAAGUUAGAAUUAAUCAUGCAUAGAGUUCAGACAAGUAGGUACCGAAAAUAAUUAUAUUAACUGACCAAAACUAAUAGAAUUAAAGCAAGAUACUUUCAUUUUGUGUGGUAAAAUAUUCACCGAAAGCUGCUUAUUUCAGUUUAUUUAAUUGCAAACAUUAACAAGAAUGUUUUUACCGGGUUUCAAGGACAUAAUAACUAUGAACAUUUUAUUUUUCGCUUAUAAAAAUAUGAUUUUUAACGGAGCUUAUGAAAAAUGCAUAAGCUGUUGCUGUUUUAAAAUGAAAACAAAUUCUCAAUUGAAUGCAUAUUUCAUUCAGAGUGCACGUACCUUUUGUCCAUUUGUUUUCGCAUACUUAAUGACAAUUAAUGGCACGAUAUAUAUACGAAAAUAAUUAUUUUUUUGGUAGCCUGCAGCAGGCACAAUUUAUUUAACAUUGUAAAUCAAUUUGUAGUGCAAACAGCAAUUGUAUGGACCGCUGAAAUGACAAUGAAAUUGUAAAAAAUCUGUAAGGACAUCCGAAAAACACAAUGGGACAAGUGCUUUGCAAAUGUUUAAACAUACAUGAAAAUAGGACAAAGUACAGAGAAGUCUCUCAUUAAUAGCGAAACGUAGUGCAGAUUAUUUAUUUAUUAACUCGAUUCUAGGAAUAAAUCAAACACCAAACAAAUUUACACGUCUUUAGAGGAGGAUAGCUGGACAUAAUGUUUAUAAUAUUGAUAAUUAUUUAUCUGUAUAUGAAUGUAAAAAUUGCUUAGACCGUUCGAAGUAUAAGUAUUCCAUCAACCAAUCGUGAUUGUUAUAUGAUAUUCAUAUAAGAAUUAUCUGAAUGUAUUUAUUAAAUGUUUGUUCAUGUUCUUUGCAACUAAAUGCCACUGAGAAGUAACUCAAAAAAUCACACCACACACACUAGCAACAAGUAACUAAAAACUAAAAACACAAAACCGAAACCAAUUACCGAACUGGGUACCAAUCAAAUAUGAAUAAAGCUAUUUUUAGAGAAACUAAA